AUGGACGCAAGCGAGGUCGAGGCGAUGGUUUCGUGGGCGGAUUUGGAGGACAAGGCCACUUUCAGCCAUAAUAAUACGCCCGCUGGAAGUCAUCGCUCGCUGUCUCCGCUGCCGCCAACUACCAAUACCAAUACCACAGCGCAGCGGACGUCACCACGCCAGCAGCUGGAGGCCUCUUCAUCAUCUUCCUCCUCUUCGUCUAACCUGUCUGCAACCGCCAUGGAGGCUGGUCCCUCCCGGAAACGCCCUCGAGCACCUUCUUCGCCCACCACCUCAUCCGCUAUCCUUCACGACCCGAAAACCCGUCGAUAUGUCUCUCCGACACAGAAUGCUGGUUCUUCCAGCCAGUCUGUCUCCAUGGCUGCUGCGCCUGAUCCUGACCUGCUCGGAUUCUUUGGUAUUGACGAAGACGAUGACUUCCUCGCGCUGGAGGAAGAGCAGCGUAAAGCUGAGGCCUGGCUCAAAGAACGACGGGAACAAGAACGCAAAGAUGAAGAGUUCGCUCGCACUUUGCAGGAGACCUGGGAUGACACAAUACAUAAUUCGUCAAGAUUCGAUGAACAGAAUGAGAUUGUAUACCGACCUCCCCCACCUCCUGCUCCGGCCCCAGUAGCUCAACGGCAAAACUCAACGCCAGUACAAGCACAAACUCAGCCGCAUUUCACUCAACAGCCACAGCUUGGAAGGCAUGUGCCAACACUCGGUCCUUCGCGAGAACAGAUGAGAGCAAUGCUUCCUCCCCUUGGACCGGCAUCAGCAUCUAGAUCAAGGUCUGGUUUCCCAGUACCUACCGGAGGGAGUGUUAUUGGAAGAAGCACCGCCAACUAUCCCGUUACCUCCUGGCAGAGAACCGGCUCCGGCAGUCGUCCGUCCAUACCUGGAUCCUCGCAAAAUACUGGCUCAACCAGUGGAGAUUCAUGGCGUGCUACCUCAAAGAAUUAUAUCGAGUUAAGCAGUGACAGUGAAGUAGAAGACUCUUUCAAUUCACUCUCAGACCGGUCUCCGGAUCCCUGGGCAUCUGGCAACAGUUCUAGAGCUAUCUAUACUCCGCCAACUUACAAUCCCAAUCCAUAUGCAAAUUCAAGUGGUAUAGGAUCUAGUCAGCGGCUCCCUGGCGUUCGAAGUUUUGGAAAUCUCUAUAAUCAGAGCCUUCGAGACCUUGGCUUAGAUGGAACACUGCCAGAGCUAAACCUCCCACGUUAUCUGCGGCCAUUUAUGACCAACCAGUGCCCGCCCGGCUGCCUUUGCGGAGGAAAAGCACCGCAUACUUAUGCGUCAACAAGGUCACAGAUCGAUAACUUACGCAGAAACAUGUAUGCCAUCGACGGGCUAACUCCCGACGAAAUGAAAAAGGAGCUCAAAUCUCUCCUUGAAAACAUUCGUCCAGACCAAGAGCUCGACCUCAAUCGUGAAGGAACCCCAGAAGCGCUCAAGUUCCCACUGAUGGAGCACCAGAAACUAGGAUUGGCCUGGAUGAGAUCAAUGGAAGAAGGCUCCAACAAAGGCGGGAUACUCGCUGAUGACAUGGGCCUUGGGAAGACAAUUCAGGCAUUAGCUUUGAUGGUUUCACGGCCCAGUACCGACUUAGUGCGGAAGACGAAUCUUAUUAUCGCCCCUGUUGCUCUUAUUCAACAAUGGAAGCGGGAAAUAAACCGGAUGCUGAAGCCUGGCUCUCAGCAUCAACUUUCAGUCUUCAUCUUGCACGGAGAGCGUCGUUCAGUUAAAUUUGACGAUUUACGGCGCUACGACGUUGUUUUGACUACGUUUGGCACCCUGGCAUCCGAACUCAAGCGUAAGGAAAAGUGGAUUAAGUUCAAAAAGGACAAUCCCAAUGCUUAUCAGAAUCGCCGCCUUUCACACUCUGAGGAUCUGCCAAUGUUAGACGAAGACAGCAAAUGGUACCGAGUCAUCAUCGAUGAAGCACAGUGCAUUAAGAACCGCAACACAAGAGGCGCUCAGGCAUGCUACGAACUCCAAUCAAUCUAUAGGUGGUGUAUGAGCGGCACACCGAUGAUGAAUAAUGUGCAAGAACUCUACUCCUUGAUAUGUUUCCUCCGGAUUGGCCCAUAUAACAAACUUGAGCGGUUUAACAGCACAUUUACCAGACCCCUGAAGAAUGAUGAAAACGCAGUCCAAAGCACAGCUAUGAAGAAACUCCAGGCUCUUCUCAAGGCCAUCCUUUUACGCCGUACGAAAUCGUCAAAGAUCGAUGGCAAACCAAUUCUUCAACUGCCUCCUCGUGUAACUGAAAAGGUCCAUACUCUCUUCAGUGAAGAUGAACAAAGCUUCUAUCAAGCCCUUGAAACAAAAUCUCAAUUGCAGUUUAAUAGGUACCUCCAGGCUGGUACUGUUGGGAGAAAUUACUCGAACGUGCUUGUUUUACUGCUGCGGUUACGCCAGGCUUGUUGCCAUCCACAUCUAAUUAAUGACUUCGCAGUCAAUGUUGGCACGGAUUCCGCGGAGAUCGAUCUCAUUGCUAAUGCAAAGAGGCUUGACAAUACUGUCAUCGAAAGACUCAAGGCACAGGAGGCCUCGGAAUGUCCGGUUUGCAUAGAUGUGGCUGAGAAUGCUGUUAUCUUCUUUCCCUGUGGCCACAGCACCUGUGCAGAGUGUUUUGCAAAGAUAUCUGAUCCUGCGCAAGGACUGGUGCAAGGCAACGAUGGGAUGAUUGAAAUAAAAUGUCCUUCGUGCCGUGCGAAAAUUGACCCUAAGAAAGUUACGGAUCAUGCAUCCUUCCAAAAAGUCCAUGUCUUAGGAGAAGAGCCUACGGCUGAAGACGGCAAGUCCGGUGGGCAAGAUGACGAAACUGAGGACAGCGACAGUGACAGUGACGAUGAUAAGAGAGGUACACUUAAUGGAUUCAUUGCUCGUGGCAAAGAUGAGGAGAGACGAAAGAAGGGUAAAGGGAAGGCCAAACCUAAGAAAUCUCUCGCCGAGCUGAAGAAGGACGCACAGCGAAACGUCAAGGCCAAACGCAAAUACCUCCGCACCCUUGAUAAACGAUGGGAAACCAGUGCUAAAGUCGAUAAGACGAUUGAGAUUCUGCAAUCACUGCGUGACUCAGGAGACGAAAAGACUAUUAUCUUCAGCCAGUUUACUUCCCUUCUCGACCUUAUCGAAGUCCCCAUCAACCGACGAGGCUGGAACUACCGCCGCUACGACGGUAGUAUGAAACCAGGAGACCGCAACGCGUCUGUCCUUGACUUCACUGAUAAUUCGGACUGUCGUAUCAUGCUCGUCUCGCUCAAAGCCGGCAACUCCGGCCUGAACCUCGUCGCUGCAUCGCAAGUUAUUAUUCUUGAUCCUUUCUGGAACCCAUAUAUCGAAGAUCAAGCAAUUGAUCGUGCUCAUCGUAUUGGGCAGUUGAGACCUGUUAUGGUUCAUAGGCUUUUGGUUGAGAAUACAGUUGAAGAUCGGAUUGUUGCUCUUCAAGAUAAGAAGAGACAGAUUAUCGAGGGUGCUCUAGAUGAGAAAGCGAGCUCGAAAGUUGGAAGACUAGGCGUCCAAGAAUUGAACUUUCUAUUCAACGGCCAUUAG